CUUCCACCUACCGUACUACUAAGUGUCAAUUGAACAUUAGAGCUAAACAGCAGUUAAAGGACAAUUGAUUAUUUCCAAUUGACAUUCUUCUUAAAGAAUUGUUCAUGGACACUGCGAAACGCUUGGAAUUAUGUCAGGAAAUACAGCAAAAUGAAAUCGCGGCUUUGAAGGCAAUUUUCAUGGACGACUUUGAGGAGUUGAAAUCCAAAAAUGCUUGGAAUGUAUCAAAUGGCCGGGUCUUCGCUAUUCAUUUAUGUUCUCGUAGUGCAAGUGCAAAAAGCAUUGCAAAAGUCGAUCUCUAUAUAGAGUUGGGAAGAAGUUAUCCCUAUGUCAAACCAACAGUGAAGCUUCAAAAUGGAGAAAAUGUACUGAAGUCUCAGGUGCGCUUCCUGUUAAAAAAGUUGGAUCAAAAGACGAAAGAGUUACUGGGUGAGGAAAUGAUUUUCGAACUUGCUAGUAUUGUACAGGAAUACUUGAAUGAUUGGCAGUCGGACUUAUCCUCUCAGUUUUCUAGUUUGGAAGAAGAGCGUGCUGUUCAACUUCAACAGGAUAGAGAGCGUGCUGAAAUAGACGAACAGCUAAAAUUAGAGAGAGAGAAGGAAGCUCACUACGAAGAGGAAAAAAUCUUACAAAAUAAAAUUCGUGACGAGCUUCAGCGUCGUUCUUAUGAUUCUCCGCAAUCGCCCAAGGAGAAGAGGUCGGAUGACACCAUUAAAUUGUCUUUUAAUCGACUGCCUUCUUCUGUUUAUUUCGACUGUUCCAUCUCUGUAAAAAACUGCCAAGAUUCUCUCGUCGAAUUUCAUAAAGUAAUUCCAUUAUACACGAUAUCCCGUUCCCCUCUUUCUAAAUUAGCACUGGCAAAAGCUGAUGUCGAUGAAGUCCUAUUACCAGAUUGCGUAUUCAUGCUUAGAAUGAUACGGUUUACGAACCCUUAUUAUAGUACUGAAGCGGGCAAAAAAUUAAUUCAAGAUCUGGAAAGUGAACUAGAAAACUUGAAAGUCAUUCGACAUGAUUUGCUGGCUUCUAUCUAUGAGUAUCAAUUGCAGCGUGAAUUAGAAAGCCAUGGUUGGCGUCUGUAUAUAUUACAAGAAUACUCUAAUAAACUCACUUUGGCAGGCUUGUUACAAACUAUUGUGACACUGGAUGUAGAGACUGUCCGAACUUUUUCCAAUAAUAUUUUAGAAGGGCUUGCUGAACUUCAUCGACUAGGAAUAUCUCAUCGCAACCUUCAUUUAGAUAAUGUCAUUUUAUUUCAAUCGGGUCACAAAACCUUUGCUAAACUUAUGGAUUUUUGUUUUACAAGGACUUUACGAGAUAUGAAUGCGUUAUUUCCUUUUGAUACAGGAUCAGAGAGUAUCCCUGGAAUUUUGCCAGAAGAUUUGUAUCCUCCAGAAGUCAGUGAAACCUCUUUUAUGUCGGCUUCUCGCAAAACAGACAUAUGGUGCUUUGGUCUCUUAGUCUUACAAAUGCUCUGUGGUAUGCAUGUCUUGCAAAAAUUCUCUUCGAUAAAGCUUUUGUUCAGUCAUGUCAUUCCUUUACUACCUGGACCAUAUCAACAACUUAUUCGGCGUUGCUUAAUGCGUGAUCCCAAAAAGAGGCCGACAGCUACGGAUUUACUUUCAAGUCAAGUCAUAAGACUCGGGACAUCUAUUUUGUCUACAGUUGAGCAGGGAUCAUCAGGAAGAAAUCCCCGUAUGUCAUAUGGUGGGCAAGACGGAAUAAUCGAUAUGUUAUACAGAAAAAGUGUCUCCCGCUAUGAGACUGAUUUUGAGGAGAUUGAAUUUCUUGGCAAAGGUGGAUUUGGUGAAGUGGUUAAAGUAAAAAAUCGUAUUGAUGGUCGUUUUUAUGCUAUAAAAAAACUCUUGCUCCACAACAAUGACAAAGAAAACAGUCGAAUUUUACGAGAGGUAAUGACCCUUUCUCGUCUCCAUCACGAGAACGUUGUUCGAUACUAUACCGCUUGGGUGGAAACUGAUACAAGUGAGACUUUUAAGGAAUCUGAUUCCGAGGAAGACUCAUUUGCACCAUCAUCAAGAAUAACUAGCGAUAUUCAACGCUCAAGUAAGUACACCACAGAUGAUUUUUCAGAUCUUGAUAUACAUUUUGAGGGUGAGACUUCUAGUCCAGAAAAUCCUGAAUUGUCUUCUGAAACUUCUUAUUCUGCUUCCAAUAUUUCCGAUGAUAUCAAUUUGGGUGAAAGUGAAAGCGAUAAAGCGACAAUUUUAACAAGUAAAACUCAAGAGCCAAUUCUUAACGCUACUUUAUAUGUUCAAAUGGAAUACUGUGAAAAGCUAUCGUUACAGGAUAUCAUCAGAGAAAAACUUCCAGUUGACGAAAUAUGGCGCCUUUUUAGACAAAUUUUGGAAGCAUUGGCAUAUAUUCACAGUCGAGGAAUGAUGCAUAGGGAUCUCAAACCUGGAAACGUGUUUUUAGAUGAAAACAGAAAUGUUAAGUUAGGAGACUUUGGCUUAGCCACAGAAAAUGAGCCAAGUCAGAUCACCAAUGAUAAACUAAAGGAUAAGAAUACGGUUGAUGGGGAACUUACUUCGGGAGUGGGAACGGCUCUUUACGUCGCACCAGAGCUUCUUAAAAAUACUAGUGGAUUACACUAUGAUGCGAAGGUGGAUAUGUAUAGUUUAGGUAUUAUACUGUUCGAAAUGUGUAUGUCAUUUUCAACAUCUAUGGAGCGAAUUCGGUUGAUUGAUGCCAUCAGAUCUCCUUCCAUCUUGUUCCCUAAAAAUUUCCCCUUCUCUCUAACGAGUCAUGAAUAUAAAGUAAUUCAUUCCCUCUUGCAACAUGAUCCUACUAAAAGACCUUCCAGUCAAGAAUUGCUGGAAAGUGAGGCUAUACCUCCUAAAGUUGGCGAAGAAUAUAUACAAGAAGGCUUGAAGUUGUUAUCAAAUCGAAAUAGUCCGUAUUAUUCAAAACUUUUAAAAGUUCUUUUUGGUCAAGUCCCCGAUAGACAUAAAGAUUACACAUAUGACUUCAAUCUUUCAGAAGACAACAAUGCCAUAUCAAGGGUUUUAGAAAGAGGAUGGGAUAGUCUUCUUGCUGGCUUGGUUCGGGAUCAUAUAGUUCAAGUCUUUCGAAGACACGGCGCAAAGGAGCGAGAAUCACAAACGUUAUUUCCAAAGUCUACACAGUAUGGUGAAAAUAAGGCUGUGGUUUCAUUAUUAGACAGAGCUGGAGCACUUUUACAACUCCCCUACGAUACUGCGUUGCCAUAUGCAAGGAAUGUAGCCCGUAACGCUGUCGAAGAAGAAAAAACUUUUCUAAUAGCGGAUGUCUUUAGAGAAUCUUACGGUGGUGGUAAACCAAAAGCUAUAAAAAAGAUAUCAUUUGAUUUAACUACAAAUUCAGACAACUUAGACUGGUACGACGCCGAAACAAUCAAAGUUUUGGAUGAAGUGCUGCUUGAGAUUCCAUCACUAGUUAACAGUUGUAUCUGGGUAAAUCAUGCUGAUAUUUUUUCUGGAAUCCUUGACUAUUUACAAAUUUCUAGAGAAAAAAGAAACCGCACUAGUCAAAUUCUUGGUCAAAAGAACCAAGGUUUUUCUUUUUCGCAGAUUCGAAACCAACUCAGAAAUGAAUCUUUAGUGCCUUCGACGACUUUAGAUGACUUGAAACAGUUUGACUUUUUCAUGACUUUUGAGGAAGGUUUAAAUAAAAUAAGGAGAAUUUUUGGGAAAUCGCUGACGAUUAAAAUGCGCAAUGCAUUAGUAUAUUUAGAGAAAGUUAUGUUUUUUUUGAAAGGGCUUAAACUUUCACAUCCGGUUUAUUUUGUUCCUCUUUGCGUCCACAACCAUGAAUUUUAUGAAGGGGGAGUAAUGUUUCAAGCAAUACACACUGCCGAAAAAGCCGAGCUUCUAUGUGUAGGAGGAAGAUACGAUAAGCUUGUUAGGUUAUUUGAUCCUCCAUUAAUGAGAACGACCCGAAGAAAACAUGUUAUUGGUAUGAGUUUGGGAUUAGAGAGUAUUGUGUCCUCAGUAUCGCGGUAUAUCCAUUUCCACUCUAGGAAGCAAUCCAAAGUGCAAACACCGUCACCCAUAAUGAAAACAUUAGGCUCCUGGUUACCUCGGCGAGUAGAUGUUCUUGUAACCAGUAUCGGUAAAGACUCUUUAAUGGAAAAAUGUGCCUUACUUCAGGAAUUAUGGUCCCUGAACAUUCGCGCUGAUAUUGUUUUACGUGGAGCUACUAGUUUGGAAGAAAUAGUUACGCGUUUCAAAAGUGAAGGUGUAAAUUGGGUUCUAGUAGUAAGGCAAAAAAACACGCAAAUGGAACAUUCUGUGAAAGCUCGGAAUAUAAUGAAAAAUGAAGAUGAUGAAAUUAAAAUAGACGAGAUUGGUGUUUGGCUCCUAGGAGAAAUUAAUGAGCGGAAGCGAAAUGAGAAUUUAUCCCAAACAAGGCAGAUAAUUGAUUCCGAUAUCCAAGACUAUGGGAAAUACAAUGAUUCAUCAUCUGAUAUUGAUUUGGAUGUGCAGCUUGUUCCCUUGAAAGGUGCUAGUGACAGAAAGUAUAAAUGGAAGCAUAAGCAAAAUGCAAUGAACAAAGUCAAUGACCUUGUACAAUCAGCAAUACACGAUAGUACCAAAGACGCCUUGGCAUUAGCAGUAGACUGUGAUGCUGGAGCCAUGCAAGGACUGAAAAGUACAAGUCUUAAAGAUGAUAAUUCUUGGAAAAAGUUGAUUGACAGCUGUCCUGCUUCUCAAAGGGAGUAUAUGCAAAGACUCCAAACGAAACUCACAAAUUUGGCUGAGAAAGGAAGAAAUCGAGUUUGGAUUUGUUCUUUUCGAACCAAUGAAAUAUAUCUUUACGGUUUAAAUUAAUUAAUUUUGAUAGAAUAAUAGAAUUUCCUCUUGACUCA